AUGUUCAUGUCCCCGACUCUGGCUCUGCCAGGAGCUCUUCUGCUUCUGGGCAGUUUGCCCUCCGCCGCCGCCGAGCUCAAGAUUGAUACCCGCAACAACAUUGUGGACUCUGCACGCUCACUCGCCAAGGACGCCAUGACUUUCUACAAAGGUGAGGAACCCGGACAGAUCCCGGGCUUGCUUCCGGGACCCCCGCUCUACGACGACGAUGGCGACUACUGGUGGUACCAAGGCGCCAGCUUCUGGGCCACCUAUCUCGACUACUGGCACCUAACCGGGGAUGACGCCUACACGGACACGAUCGCCAAGGGAAUGCUGCACCAGACGGGCCCGAACAACGACUAUAUGCCUCCCAACCAUACGGCAAACAUCGGCAACGAUGAUCAGUGUUUCUGGGGAACGGCCGCCUUGGUAGCCGCCGAGUACGGUUUCCCUACCGUGGACGGGAAAGCCACGUGGAUCGAUCUUGCAAAGGCCGUCUGGGCCACCCAGGCAUCGCCGGACCGUCACGACGAGACGUGCAACGGUGGUCUCCGCUGGCAGAUCCCCUUCUCCAACGUAGGCUACGACGUCAAGAACACGGCUUCCAACGCGUGCUUCUUCAACAUGGGAGCUCGUCUCGGCCGUUUCACCGGAAACGCCACCUACUCGGAGUGGGCCGACAAGACCUGGGACUGGCUUUCCCAGGUCGGCUUGAUCGACAGCGAGAACUGGGCCGUGUACGACGGGGUUCGCGCCGAUAACUGCACCCACAUGUUCACGGCCCAAGUGUCUUACAACGCCGCCAUGCUCGUCCAAGGCGCCGCGUUCAUGUACAACAACACCAACGGCUCCGACGUCUGGCGCGAACGUACCGAGAAGCUCACCGAGUCUCUCCUGGAGACCUUCUUCCACAAUGGAACCGCCUUCGAAGUCGUCUGCGAGGGCCGCAAGGGGACCUGCGCGGGAGACAUCCUCUGGUACAAGGGCUACGUGCACCGCUGGCUGUCGUCCGCCACGCAGUUGGCCCCCUUCCUCGCCGGCUCGGUCCUGCCCGUCCUCAAGACGUCCGCCGACGCCGCGGUCAAGCAGUGCGUGUCCGGCUCGUCGGGCCUCACGAACCGGUGCGGGUUCUACUGGGCCGAGGGGACGUUCUCGGACCCCCAGGCCACCGACAAGACCACGGGCGCGGGCGAGGCGGUGAAUGUGCUCGCCGCGGUGUCUAACCUGCUCAUCUCAGACGCCAGGGCACCGAUCACCGAAGCUGACGACAGAGCCGGCGGUCCGAAAGGGACCGGCCAGGACGGCUCACCCAGCGCUGCUUCGGGGACGGCCUCGCCGGCGAAACCAACCGUUCCCUCAGGGGCUGGGUGCAUCGGAGUCGAUAUGGGCGUGUCUCUGUUGAUUGGCUCUUUGAUGACUUUGACAUGGGCCUUCUAG